AUGGUUCCGGUGCGGCGGCGCGGCGCCUUCUUCCUGCUCGCGCGCUACCGGCGGCGACGGCGCCGCACGCCCCUGGGCGCUAUCCUGUGUCUCACAUGCCUACUGCUGCUCGCGCGCGACGUGCGCGCCGCCGGGGACCUCGUGGCGCGGCUGUACAACCUGGAGACGGCGGGCAGCUCGGCCGCCAAGCUCUCGCUCAGCCCCAGCGCGCUGCCCAGCGCCGUGAGCGACCGGUUGUCCAGCUACUCGCUCGCGUGGAGCGACCUGUCGGGGCUCAUGCAGCGCGCGCUGCUGUGGGACUCGGGCUUCGUGUUCGCGUCACCUGUCGGGAGCUCGUCGGCGUCGGGCGCGGGGGACGACGUGCAGCUCGUGCAGAUCUUCACGGCCUGCAGCCAGGGGAUGGGCGACCUGCUGCCGGCGCUGGCGGAGGUCAAGACAAUACAGGAAUCCACAGACAACAGCAGCGCCUGCAGCGUCGAGAACUGCGGCAUUAUUGGACACUUUCUGCCCGCGGCUUGCCCCGCGGAGCAGGUGAUCCCCCUCACCAGGUGUGCGGUGUACGCGUCGGCCAUGGCCGGCCAGAAACAGUUUGCGGGGGUCUACUGGGUCGAGGACGGACGCAGCACGGCCGUGCCUGAGCCCGUGGUGAGGCGGCAUACGCCCGAGGACACAGAGCCGAGCGACGCGCUCUUCGCCGUGCACUUGACGGACGCGAGCUUUACAGGGACCGAGUCGUGCCAGCCGCACGUGGAGUUUAUUCUGCCGUGUCGAGGCGUGGCGGAUGACGUGGACAUCAGCAGCAGCAGCGGCAGCACCAGCCUCACAGUCAACGGCAGCAGCUUUACAGAGAUCGACCUGUGUCAGGCCUCGCCCAGCGCGGCGAUGGACGCGUGGCUGGAGCUCGAGUCGACGCCCUCGGCGGGGACGUUCUCCACGACGGCCAUCGUGCUGCUGUCGGUGGCGAUGCUGAUUUGUUUGGUGCUCGGCACGUCCGUGUGGUGGCUGAGCCGCUCGCGCGCGUGGCUACAGGACGCGUACGACCGCGCAGUUCUGGAAGGAUCGUGGGACGACGGAAGCUGGUCCCCCACCUCGCACUUGCUGGGUGGACCGCUCGCUCCGACACUGGCCACGGCGGGAGCAACUGACGAGGAACGACUCACUCCGAUGGAGGUGUUCUUCGGUGCGAGACCCAGAAGCCGACGCUCCCCAGGCAUUCGCGGCGGUACCUCAGCCCUCGUGGCCACCACGCGGGCCGAGAUCACGCUAUCCAACGACCAGCUGUGCCGGAAAAGCCCUAUCCUGCGCGGUUUUGUGUCAGACCCAGCCAUCGUGACGAAGCGCAUCUCGUUCGCACAGCUCCACUUCUUGCGACUGCUUGCCAAAGGCGGCAGCGGUGAGGUGUGGCUGGGUCAGUAUGAGGCUCGCUACGUGGCAAUGAAGUGCUUGUUGCCUACGAAGCGGGAGGACCCAGAGGCGCUGGAACAGUUCGCGGAGGAGAUCAGGAUGGCGUCACUUCUAGCUCACCCGCGCAUUGUCGCGUUUUGCGGCGUGGCCUGGCAGUCGCUGUUACACCUUUGUGCGGUCACGGAGUACAUGCCGCGCGGUGAUCUGGAGAGUCUGUUAGCGAACCCGAUCGCUCAGAAGGAACUGAGCUGGAGCAGGGAGAAGCUCACGCUUAGCAGUGACAUCGUUGAGGCGCUCGUGUACCUGCACUCGCUCGUGCCUAUCGUGAUUCAUCGUGAUCUCAAAUCCAAGAACGUGCUGCUGGAUCGCCGACUGCGCGCGAAGCUGAGCGACUUCGGACUGAGUCGUGAGCGCUCGGUGGAAGACACUAUGACUAACGGCAUCGGCACCAUCCUGUGGAGCGCGCCGGAGGUGCUAGAGGGCAAGCGCUACGACGAGAAGAGCGAUCUCUUCUCCUUUGGCGUGGUGCUGUCCGAGAUCGACACGUGCGCUCUUCCGUACGGCUUCAGUCGCAACGCCAAGAUGCGCAGUAUGCAGAUCGUUCACCUCGUGUCGGAGGGCAAGUUGUUGCCCAAUUUCCGUGACGACUGUCCCCCCGCAAUCCGCGCACUAGCUCAGCGCUGCCUGAGCCUGGAUCCCGCGGCACGACCGACAGCUAUGGAGGUCGCCUUCGAACUUCGUUCCUCCAUCGCGCCGCAGCUGCUGAAACAACCAAUGCCGACGGUGGCUGACGACGACACUGGCAGUAUUAUCUCAUCAGCGUCAGCGCCGUCUCCCACUGCAGCACACAUUGACAUUGAAGACGACGACACUGCAUCCGCACCGCCACCCGCACCUGUACCAUUACACUCUAAAGUUAUCGACCUUGUGGCCAAACUUUUGACUCGGCGUGAGUACGCCAUGGACAGCAGUAAUGAGAGUGAAGCUGCUACGCCCGAAGCCGUGCGGAAAGCCCGCUUGAUUCGUCGAGUCCCGCUCCUGGCGCAUGUCGUGAAAGAGGGACUCUGUCCGGAAGGUGUUUUGCUGCGAUCACUGGAGCCCGUGACUUACGCUGAUGGAGAGUACAUUUAUUGCCAAGGCCAGCCCGAACGUGACGUGUUGUUCAUCGAGGAAGGCAAAGUUUUGAUCACGCAGCGUCGACGCUCUCGCGCUAUGAGUAAUGCUCGACCAGUGGGGUUUAUCCCCAUGGACAGCUCCGGUGGAGUCAUCUUCGCUCGACGGAGUUCGUGGAGACGUUCCCAGGUUGAAGCCGAGAUGGAGAUUGAGUUGCACACGCACGAGGAGCUCGAGUACUUUGGCGAAGAAUCGCUGCUGCAAGGUCUGGUGUCGAGGACGCUCAAUGCUGUGGCCAGUGGGAAUGUAUCGUGUUUUGCUCUGCCUGAGGCGGCUUUCGCUAGGUUGCUAGCGCCUGUACACGAAUUGAUGUUGCACCGUCAUUUGCUGCGAAUGCAUGGAGUCCUGGCGAAGCAGCGAGUGUUCCAGCAUUUUUCAGCUCGCCAGAGGCAGUAUCUAUUGGAUCGCUGCACGCUGGAACACUAUGAAGAAGGAGGGAAGAUUAUACAGCAAGGCGACAAGGAGGACGAUCGGUAUUUCAUUUUGGCUGAAGGUGAGGUGGAUGUGGUUCUGGAUGAGCCUCUAAGAGAUCCGAGACGACCGAAAAGCGCAGUGAUAGUGGGUGGAGAGCAAGCAGUGGAAGAAGAGGACGCGAAGGUGGGAGUGAGAACGUCGGUCGUGUGCAGGAAGACACUUUACCAAGGAUUUGGAGAAAUGGGGAUCCUGUGCAGACCUCGAACAGCGCACGUAGUUGCUGCGGGAAGCGUCAUUUGUGUUGGUAUUUCACGGAAGGGGUACAUUGGCGCUUCUCAGUUGAAUGGGGUUAGUGCGCUGGACGCUGAUGCCGAGGCUUUGCUUGCCAUGUCAUUGAAGGAAGAGUGGAAUCUCGUUGUGAAGACGCGCAAUUUGCACUUGGCAAACCCCUCAGUAUCUCGCCAUCUCGAGACUUUCGUCAAGAAGUUCAAGGCGGCCUACAUGCAGAAGUUCGAAGGAAAAACGCUGUACUUGGAUCUAUUGAGAAGGAUCAACGCCGAGCCGACACUUGCGGGCGAGUUUCCGUUCGUGUCGGACCGCGUGGCUUGGGACCAGCCAGCAUCUUCACUCAGCAUCACGCGCGCGGAGACUCGACGCAUUCUGUCGUUACCUCCAGCCGAGCGCUCCCCGUUCGAGAUCAGCUUCAUGGCUCGCCUACUCGAACCUACAGCGUUCGUCAACAAGUUUGAUCGUCCUUCCCACGUGGAUACACUGACACUUGCCCGGGGAAUCGCUCGCUUUGCAAAUUUCCUCACCGUUCAGAAGGACAAGUUCCUGUUCCGACAGGGCAAGAUCGAAAGCCACGCCUUCCUUAUCUUGAGAGGGAACGUGAAUAUUGUGAACGAGGACGUCAACACGCUGCAACCGGGACUUGCACUCAAGCAGUACGAUGUACUGGCCACACUAUCAGCUGGAGACAGUUUUGGCGAGUUGUCCCUUGUCACUCGCCUUCAACGAUCGGCCUCGGCUCUGGCGGCAUGUGAAGUGGACUUGUUAGUACUGGAGCGUCCGCACUUGCAAGCCUUAACUGAGAUGAUACCCGGCGUAUCCGUGCAACACGCCAUGGUCGAGUGCGCGGAAUUCCUCGCAACGCUGAGCUUUCUUCGCGAUAGCGACUUCGCCCAGUGCAUCCGCGUGGCACACGACCUCCAGGACCAAUUCUACGAACCUCGCCACAUUUUCCUACAAGAACCCGUGCACUUGCGCACACUUUACAUCGUCAAGAGUGGAGAAGUGACUGUCUAUCUGCGUCGAAUUGUGCCGGUCGCUGAGGUCACAGUGAAUUCCGGAGCAAUUGACUCGACCUCAACUAAAGAAGUGCUCGUUCGAGUGGCCACCAUCGGACCGCAAGAGUUUUUCGGCGUUGCGAUUGCAAGUGCCAACAUGUUAUCAGCCAGUGGAUCAGUGGCAGCAGCAAUCACCUCAGCUGGAGCUGCCACUUCUCCUGCAUCGAACAAUGCCCCCCCUGGAUCGCCACCUCCUCCAUCCUCACCAACAUCACCUGCUGCAUCAUCAACAACACACGCCAACAACAACUAUAUCGCCGCCACCUUAGCGUCAGUGACGCCCACGAGCGCGGCUGCAUCAUCCACCUCAACCAACGUUGACCUUGCCAGAACCGUCUUCAUGUGUUCGACCCGCGUACAAAUGCUGGAACUCUCGGAACGCGGGUGGAGACGACUGCCAUUGGCAAGUCUGCACAGUAUCCGCAACUCUCUCCUCGAACGCCACCGCUGGAAUCUCGAAACAGUGGAAAAGCAGCAGCAACAGGGCAAUCCAUCCUUCUUUGUCGUGGACAAACCGUGGCAGCCCGUGACCCGUCCAACGACUACCGGAUCCCCGAAAAAAGCCGCUGGAGACCUUAAAGACUCUCAAACGCGGGUACUGGAGCCGUUGCCGACGACUCAAUUGGCUCGACGGAUAAAGGACAAGAAGCAGCAACAACAGCAACAAGGCCACAACAACGCCGUCUCGCGACUAUUUUCUCCUGCUCCACUAUCUCUAACCAAACCAAGCGGACGACCAUGCGUUCCCAACAUUUCCACCGAGCGCAAUACGGCAACUCUAUCGAGUCGCGGGCCCCCAAUGUAUGGCACCAGUCCACCGAAAGUAUCCUCGCCACGUUUUGCAACACGCCAGGAGAAUGCGCAGUUCACGCCGGCAACUUUUUCCUCCUCCCCGACUCGGUUAAGCCAACUGGGAGGGUCUUUCCAACCUAAAAGUGCAAUUGUGACGUCGUCAGGCAGCGCAUCUGUUGCAUUUUUCAGUCCGCCAAACACGGCAAAACCACUUGCAACGAGUGUAUUGGCCCCACGACCUCCGUCGACGGCAUCUACUCUAUCAGUGAGCCCAAGUCCGCGCAGAUCCAGCACGAACGCAUGCACCCCAAGGCAAGACAAUGACAGCAAAAGUGACUUUAACGCCAUGUGGAAGUUGCAGCGCAGACCUUCCACAUCGAAACCUUAA